AUGGUUGCUGAUAUUUGUGAUGAGAAUGGCUGGCGGUUGAGAGGCGCUCGAUCUCUUGCUGCAGAAAGCCUUCAAAUUCAUCUCACGGGUAUUAUUCUUCCUUCACUCUGUCAGGAUGAUGAUGUGUUUCACUGGGUUAUUGAUGGUGAUCCUAUGCCUCAUUACUCUGCCUCUCGUACUUGGGAGGGAAGAGCUACGAAACAGAGCACCGUUAGUCUCUUGGUCCAGCACAGUGUAUGGUUCAAGAUGGCCACGCCUCGUCACGCCUUCCUCAUGUGGAUUGCGCAUAAUGAUAGAAUGCCUACACGGGUGAGACUAUCAAGCUGGGGUCUAGGGACUUCUACAAGCUGCUGUCUCUGUGAUUCAGCUCUGGAAACAAGAGAUCAUCUUUUUCUGGGUUGUGAAAUCAGUGAACAGAUUUGGAAACUGGUUCUUCGACGGUUGGGCUAUACACAUUCAGCCUUCAUGACUUGGACUUCUUUUAUUGAAUGGAUUUCUCUAAAGGACUCCACUACUCCUUUGAUUCUCAAGAAGCUGGUUGCUCAUGCAACUAUCUACAACAUUUGGGCAGAACGGAAUAAACGCAUGCACCAGGAAAUCUCCUCAACUCCUCCAACGAUCUACAAGCUCAUAGACCACAACAUCAGAGACACAAUCUUGGAGAAGAAAAAAAUCAAGAAGAGCUUCAAAACACUUAUGCUAUCAUGGCUAAGAAAUGUCUAG